AAAAAAAGGAAAGAGAGAAAGGAAGGAGAAAAUAUCGAAUAACCUCUUAUCUUAAUAGCACGAGUUAUCUCUCUAUAUCUAUGGCUCACAGAACGUUACCUCCGACCAUCGCGAUAUAUCCUAUUCUUCCGACCGAUUCUCUAACUCGCUGAUUGCUCGAGUCGAGGAGCAGUUUUUCCCGAACGCCCUCGCAAUUAGCCCAAUUCCUUUUCAUUUGUACGCGGCAGGGUAUCGUUCUUUCACACCGCGUGGCCACGGCGCAAUUAUCAACGGGUAUCGCAUCAGCGAUUUGAAGAAUCGACAAAACAAGUGAACACAGGAGAACGAUCCGCGCAGAGCUCGGGAUUCACGCUCUGUAUGCCUGUAACUGUUAAUUAUGCCGUGUUUCUAUAAAAAUGGUCAUUCGUUCGGCCGUUCAGUCCGCGUCGAACAUGCCUCAACGUACGAUCCUUGUUGUCCCGUUCACGUUGUGCGCCGUGUUGGCCGCGUGCUGUUGCACCGUCCUCCAUCGAAGCGAUCGCGAUACGGUGUCGAGACCGAUCGGUUGCAGCCAAGGAGAGAAUUCCACCGAGUGCGCGACGAGGCGGAAGGUGGAAGGGAUGGAGGAAGGGAGGAAGGAUCGGUCGAUGACCAGGGAAUCUAGGAUUGUCGUUGGAGGGGACGAAUUUAAAAGUGAAGAUGGCGCGGUUGAACAGGUCGCUGGACGAAGAAAGAAGAACAAGGGAUAUGGACAGAUGUUGCUUUAUUUUCUGGGCGCGUCCAAGAUGACUAUGCUUUACGUAAUAAUGAACGUGGUUGCUGCAAUUGCUGGAAAGGCUCUGGUCGUCGCAAAAGUUGCUCUAGCAAUUGCGACCGCGAUCGCGUUGAAGAGAAUUCUUGAGCACAAUGAGAAAAUUUCGUACGAGAUAAUUAAGUAUCCGUAUCACAGCUACGAGAAUACGCACAGUACGAGUUUCGAUUAUGAUCACGGUGGAUCGUGGGAUCGUGAUUUUGGAUACCAGAGGCAAAAAGUUAAUAGAAAAUUAACUCGUUGAGGCACGAAGAGUACAAAUAAAUGUUUAAUACGAAUGAAUUUUAUAUCGAAGAAGAAUAUAUACAUACAUAUAUAUAUAUAUAAUUAUUUUGAACAAUAAAAGUGUAAAAUAAGUAAAUAAA